AUGGGGGGUCCUACUUUUAAAGCUGGCGAUAUUUUUGCCAUGAUGGCAGCUUGUUUUGUUGCUGUUGUUGAGUCUACUGGUACAAUUAUUGCAGCCUCAAGAUAUGGGAGUGCCACUCCUCUGCCUCCUUCUGUACUCAGCCGUGGUAUUGGAUGGCUGGUAGGACAUGAUCCACUGUUCUGCAACCUGAAUAGCUUCAGAACAAAGUUCAUCCUCGGCUUUUCUCUCUUCAUGGGCCUUUCUGUGCCACAGUACUUCAAUGACUACCUUUUGGUUUCUGGCCGUGGUCCUAUCCACACUGGUGCCACCUGGUUCAAUGAUGUAAUGCAAGUGAUCUUCUCGUCUCCGGCGACAGUGGCACUUAUAGUUGCUUAUUUCUUGGACGGCACUCACAGUCUGGGGCACAGCACAACCCGCCGAGACAGUGGCAGGCACUGGUGGGAGAAGUUCAGAUAUUUUAGUCAAGACACCAGGAGUGAGGAGUUCUAUGCACUACCUUGGAACCUUAACAGCCUGUACUGCGGUGAAGAUGUCAGCGAGGUCGUCCAACUGAAUGCUGACACGUGGAUCUCCAGCCACCAUCAAUCCCCAUCAUCGUCCGUCAUCCUUUCUCCACCAUCCGAUGAGAAUACAAUCACCAAACUCAUCGACUCUGAAUCUCACUUCAUGCCUUUGUCUGAUUAUCUCUAUCGUUGCCGUCACCGCUCCAUUGACAUCACGGCUCGUCAAGAUUCCAUCAACUGGAUCCUCAAGGUGCAUGCACACUAUGCCUUCAGGCCAUUAACGGCUCUACUCUCCGUCAAUUACUUCGACCGUUUUCUUUCCUCACAUUCUCUUCCGGAAAAUGGAUGGCCGUUUCAGCUUCUAUCAGUGGCAUGCUUGUCUUUAGCAGCGAAAAUGGAAGAACCCGACAUGCCAUUGCUAUUAGACCUUCAAAUUCUUGAACCCGGAUUCAUAUUUGAACCCAAAAACGUUCAAAAAAUGGAGCUUCGAAUCAUGGCCCAUUUCAAUUGGAGAUUACGAUCAAUCACUCCAUUCGAUUAUCUCGAUUACUUCAUUUCAAAGCUCCCUUCUUGUUCUUCUACAAAACCCGACAAUUUCAAUCGGGUCUUGAAAGAUUCCUCGGAUCUCAUUCUCAAUACCACCCGUGUGAUUGAUUUCUUGGGUUUUGCACCGUCGACGGUGGCAGCGGCGGCGGUGAUAUCCGCUGCCGGCAAGAGUUUUGAUACUGUACCAUUGGAAGCUGGUGUUGGGCAGUUCUUUCAUGAGAGAGUAAACAAAGAAACGGCGAUAAGCUGUCACCAACUAAUGGAGGAAUACCUAGUUGACACAUGUCCAUCGGCUCGGCAUAAGGAGUUUUCGGCUGGGCCCCCAGUUGAGCCGGCUAGUCCAGUUGGCGUGCUCGAUGCAGCUGCAGCUUGUGGGAGCUGCGACACUCGUUCCGAGAAUCCCAUCUCGGCUAGCAGCCAAGCCUCCCAAACUGAGCCAAUUAUUAAGCGGCUAAGAUCUUCUGCACCGGAUGUACAGGAACCGUAG